AUGGCAGGAAUAUACUUUUUAUUUGCCCAAUGUGUGGUUAUAUUUGGAAGAAAGUAUUCCAUGUUAAAGCCAAUGUGGUAUUCCUAUUUCUUCAUUGGAUGUGAUGUACUUUCCUUGAUCAUUCAAUCCAUUGGAGGUGCCAUGGCAUCCACUGCUUCCAGUAGCAAUGAAGAUCCCACUACGGGGAAAAACGUUAUGAUUGUUGGUAUUGUGUUCCAGGUGUUUGCCAUGACAGUUUUUCUUGGCUUUUGGUUUGUGUUCUUAAAACGAUGCUUUUUCAAAGUUGUGGAUCAUGAAGACCUUCCUCCAGACUACGCUAUGCAUUCCAUGGCCAGAUCCACACCUGCCAACUAUAUUAAGAUGCUUUGCAAUGGUCGCUCAGUUCGUGAAUAUUCAGCGACUUAUCGUGAGCCAGUUUACAACCCCAAAUAUGCAAACAUACGUCAACGAGCCGCAUUCAAAGUCUUUCCUGUGGGAAUCACCGUGGCAGUGAUUGUGGUGUACAUUCGUUGCGUUUAUAGAGUGGUGGAAUUGAUCCAAGGUUUUGACGGCUACUUGAUGACCCAUGAGAUUUACUUGAUGAUUUUAGAUGCUCUUAUGAUUGCAUUAUGUGGGUUUAUCUUCCUUCCUUUGCACCCAGUAUGGGCUAUUGGUUCUGAAAAUGUCAUCAAGAGAAGAAUGAUUACCCAGAACCAAGACGAGAAGGUUGAGGAGAAGGAAGAGUGGUCUGAAACGGUUUCCAGCGUUUAG